AUGUCUCAACACUGUCACCCAGAUUGCCAACGAUCAAUGGCUGCCAAAGAAGAGCAUGAUUCAGCUGAGAGAGCUGCUACGGUAGCAGCUAAUCUCCUUAGCGCAACGAGGCAUUUACUGAAGCUUGACCGUGAGAUGACUGAGUACUCGGCUCAGUUCUUGGUGGACAACACUCUCCUCGAGGAGAAACCGGGGCAGAGUCCACACAGCUUCAGGUUGACCGCCGACGACUGUCUUGAGUAUCUGGUGAAGAUGGCUUCUCCCAAGACAGAGGCCGAGCUGGAAGAGAUGGAAAAGCAACAGCAGCGACGCAACAAGAUCACUGUCAAGGACUGCCUCGAGUGUGCAUUCAAGGAAGGGAUACCGAAGAGAGAGAGUUGGGCGCAUUUGGGAUGUGUCUCCCCUGUUCCUCCGUUUGCUGCAUUCAUGCCUCGUGUUCCCAUGAGAGGGGAGGUGAUUGAGGUUAAGGAUCUUGAGGAGGUUGUUAAGUUGUCCAAGGAGCAACCGAUUGGAGCUAAGCUUGUUGUGUUCAGUCCUGAGAUUGAACGUGUUGGAAAUGGAGUUUACGUUGGUCCAUCAGGUGGUGGUGGAUCACGUUAUGUGGGACUCAGAGAUGUGAUCCUAUGUGGAGCAGAGAAGUUCGAUGGAGAUGAUGUUAUGAAUGUGCAGAUCAACUACAAGAAGGUUACUAAAAUCAUCAAGGUGUCAUUGACUCGCAUGGUUACCACACUUGCUGAUGGCGACGAGUCUGAUCAGACCAUUGAGCCCACGGGUCUUCUUGUAGACUUCGUUGUCCCUCGCAUAUUCAAGUAG